GAGUACUCUCUGGCCCUUGUCACUCGACUACCAAGAUGGCGGCCCCCAGGAGCUGCGCUCUACGGAGCUAUUGCGGCCGUGGGUGGUCGCGGGCGAUGCGGGGCUGCCAGCUCCUCGGGCUUCGAAGCUCUUGGCCCGGCGCCCCACUAAGUGCUCGGCUCUUGUCCCAAGAGAAGCGGGCAACGGAAACGCACUUCGGGUUUGAGACUGUGUCGGAAGAGGAGAAGGGGGGCAAAGUCUAUCAGGUGUUUGAAAGUGUGGCUAAGAAGUAUGAUGUGAUGAAUGAUAUGAUGAGUCUUGGUAUCCAUCGUGUUUGGAAGGAUUUGCUGCUCUGGAAGAUGCGCCCGCUUCCUGGGACCCAGCUGCUUGAUGUUGCUGGAGGCACAGGUGACAUUGCAUUCCGGUUCCUUAAUUAUGUUCAGUCCCAGCACCAGAGAAAACAGAAGAGGCAGUUAAGGGCCCAACAAAAUUUAUCCUGGGAAGAAAUUGCCAAAGAGUAUCAGAAUGAAGAAGAUUCCUUGGGCGGGUCUCGGGUCGUGGUUUGUGACAUCAACAAGGAGAUGCUAAAGGUUGGAAAGCAGAAAGCCUUGGCUCAAGGAUACAGAGCUGGACUUGCAUGGGUAUUAGGAGAUGCUGAAGAACUGCCCUUUGAUGAUGACAAGUUUGAUAUUUACACCAUUGCCUUUGGGAUCCGGAAUGUCACACACGUUGAUCAGGCACUCCGGGAAGCUCAUCGUGUGCUGAAACCAGGAGGACGGUUUCUCUGUCUGGAAUUUAGCCAAGUGAACAAUCCCCUCAUAUCCAGGCUUUAUGAUCUAUAUAGCUUCCAGGUCAUCCCUGUCCUGGGAGAGGUCAUCGCUGGAGACUGGAAGUCCUAUCAGUACCUUGUAGAGAGUAUCCGAAGGUUUCCGUCUCAGGAAGAGUUCAAGGAGAUGAUAGAAGAUGCAGGCUUUCACAAGGUGACUUAUGAAAGCCUAACAUCAGGCAUUGUGGCCAUUCAUUCGGGCUUCAAACUUUAAUUCCUUUCCUAUCAUGGACCAUAAACCAGUCACAUCCUGUUGAAAGCCUGGAACUGAAGGAUAAUGUGGCAAAUGAGACAGCAGCAGAGCAUCUCCUCUUAAGGAUACGUGCCUUGGACUCAUGUUUGCAUCCAACAGUCUCAAAGUGGAAGAACAAAUUCUUGUCACUUUUUUACAGCUUUCUUUGGAGCUGCUUCAGUCCAUCUCCCAGAGGCAUUUGGUCUGUAUCUUUGCUUAACUGCUAAUUUCUCUUGGCUGUAGGGUGUGUGGUUAAGGUACGACCACCACUAAAGCUCAGUUUUGAAGUGAGUGUAUUUAUAGCUUCUCUGCUGGUGCUGCCUUCUACAGGGAUAAUAGAUCAUUUGAACCCAAUGACGAUUUUUAACCAGAAAAUUUAAUUGUACCUGAAUCGACCUUUCAGCCUAGGACUAAGUCUAGGCCCAAGUCAGAGUACUAAUGAUCAGGAGAAUUGUGUGCCGAACCAGUAAACGAGUUUCCCUUU